UGCAUGCACAGAUAUAAGAAGUGCUUUUAGCUGUUUGCUGAUAGUUUAUACCUCUAACAAUUCAACGAUGGUUUACAUGGCCUGAGUCCUCUCCGAAUAUUUUGCAACUUUCCUGCCGUAUGUGAGGAAGAGAAGUUAUUCUAAAUUGGCGUUCUGACGCCACUUUGUAGUGAGAGGAGGAGGAGGUUCUCCUCUACCCAUCAACGCUGUCCCGGGCCCGCCUAGCGCUUAGCAGGGGCAGCGCUCGGGACUAUGGGCUGCGCCAGCAGUACACCCAAUGUGGACGAUGUCCGGCAACAGUCCAACCCUGUCCAGCCGAAGCCAGCGCCGACGCCAAAGCCGGUGGAGCCAGCCAGGGUUGAGGCGAAGCCUGAGUUGCCGAGUACCAAGCCCUCAGACGCCGUUGUUGAGAAAACACAGAGCAUGAAUCGAGGACAACCAGAGUCUGGACCUGUGCAGCAUUCGAAUGCUGCUCAAGGGCAGCAGCAGCCGGGUACAAAAACACGUCGCGCGGCAGCGGGCUCAGAGGCUGUUAGGGACCAGAUUAGGAAGCUUGCUGUAGGUGGGCCUCAAGCAAAGGAGGAGAAGGAGAAGAUUUACGAAGUCAGCGACUCUGAGGAUGAGGAGCUUGACGACGACCCGCAGGAGCGGUCUACUUUGUCGGGCGACUGGUAUAAGCCGCAGGAGGUUACAGAUGCCAUCCUUGAGGCACUGAAGCGGAACUUCGUGUUCAAAGGCAUCCCUCAAAACCACCUCGUCGAGGUGGUUGGGCGCAUGUAUGGUAUCAGCUUCAGGGCCGGCGCAGUUGUCUUGCAGCAGGGCGCGCUGCCCAAGCAGGAUGACUGCAUGUACUACUUGCAGUCAGGGGAGGCGGAGGUGGUCAUCAGCGGCGGUGCCGAUGCGGUCGCUAAGAACAAUACCCACGAAGAGCGUAUUCUCGAGGGGCACACUGUCAGGAUCUUGCAGAAGCCGGGGUGGCUGUUCGGAGAUGUAGCACUCCUCUUCCACUCCCCGCGUACUGCAUCCGUCAUGGCGAAGACGAACAUCACGGUUUGGGCCAUGGAUCGGAGAACUUUCCUUAAAUUCGUCAUGAAGCAUGCCCAGGGUGCCCGCGCGCUUCGUUUCCUGCGCAAGCUGCCACUGCUGAAGGGUCUGUCGGACAACGACCUUAUUCGUGCGGCGUCACGCAUGCCGCAGCGCAUGUAUGAGGACGGGCAGCCGCUUAUCCGCAUCGGAGAGCGCGGUGAUGAGCUGUUCCUUAUUCGAUACGGCAAGGUGCGCGUCUUCCGGCCUGACGGCAAUGGCGGACGCGUGGAGGUGGCCGUGCUGGGUCGCGGUCAGUUCGUUGGCGAGCGUGCCGUCAUCAACGACAAGCUGCGCAGUGCUGAUUGCGUGGCGCAGGGCCAGGUGCAGGUGGUGGUGCUGAAAAAGCGCGAGUUCAUGGACCUGGAUAACCCGCUGCUGGCGUGGAUGCUCGACUAUGAUGCCGUGUCAGCUGUGAUCAGGUCGCUGCCCCAGUUCAAGGGGCUAAAGCAGGAGCAGAUGGAGAACAUUCUGGAUCGCUUCGACGCGCGGCAGGAGCUGUCGGAGGGGGAAACUAUUCUGAACCAGGGCGAACUGCUCGACCAGCUGUACGUGGUCAAGAUCGGCGAGAUCGCCCUGUACCGCAACAGCGAGAAGGUGGAGGACCCGAACUUCCUGCACGAAAUUGCAGGCUUCAGCUAUUUCGGCGAGACUUCCAUAGCACAGGUCGCGAAGUGCCCGUACACCAUCCGCGUCGCAUCGGAAACGGCGCACCUGCUGCGGUUGCCCAAGAGGCAAGUGGACUCCUUCAUGGGCCGGGACACCGGGCUGAAGUCGGAUGAGGCCGUCGUAGCAGCGCUCAAGAAGUCCAAGUUCCUGGUCAACAUGACGGAGCUGGAAUUCAAGGAGCUGCUGAAGGCCUGCGAGCUGACGUCGUACAACCCCGGGGAGGUGAUUGCGGUCGCCAACAGCUCCGUCACGAACAAAAUCUUCCUGAUCAAGUCCGGGGAGGUGAUGGUCGUGGCGGCGGACCUGGCGCUGCCGGACAGCGGUGAGGUGGACGUACGGAAGCUGGGGGGCAGUGAGCGGCAGCGGCUGCUGGCUGGGAAUGUGUUCAACGACAAGGCGCUUAAUAGCCCGGAAACGGCCUCCCUGGAGGCGUCCCUGGUCGCAGCGACACCAUGCAGCAUCAUCACGUUCACCACCUCGGAUGUGGAGAAGGUCAUGGGAGGCCGCGCAAUGAGCCGCAGCCGCAACGCCCUGACGGUCGGCGGCGCUGAGCAGCCCAAGUUCCCCAAGGUAAAGUUCACAGAGCUGGAGUGCCACCGCAUCAUUGGCACGGGCCAGUUUGGCCUUGUCCGAGUCGUCCGCAACAUCAAGACGAACGAGGUGUAUGCCCUCAAGGUCAUGCACAAGGCACCCAUCGUGGAGUCCAAGCAGAUUGAGCACGUGAUCAACGAGCGGAAGAUCCUGGAGGAGGCCUGCACGCACCCGUUCUGCGUACGGAUCUGCGGUGCCUACCAAGACAAGUCGUCGCUCUACCUGCUACAGGAGUGGGUGCCGGGUGGAGAGCUGUUCCACCACCUAGACGUGGAGGGCGCGUUUGACGAGCCCACCGCCAUGUUCUAUGCGGCUAACGUGCUGCUAGCGCUGGAGUUCCUGCACAACAAGGGCAUCGUGUACCGCGACCUCAAGCCGGAGAACCUGCUGCUCGACACGCAGGGCUACAUUAAGAUGGCGGAUUUCGGCUUUGCAAAGUACAUCGGCGGGGAGAAGACGUUCACAAUAUGCGGGACUCCGGACUACCAGGCACCCGAGGUCAUCAUGCGGCGCGGCACAACCAAGGCUGCGGACUACUGGGCGCUCGGCGUGCUCAUCUUUGAGAUGCUGGUCGGUGACCCGCCCUUCAAAUCGCUCACCGGCGACCCAUGGGACACCUUCAGGCGCACACUUUCGGGCCGCUUCUAUGUGCCCAACUUCAUCUCUGACCAGGCUGCAGACCUCAUCUUCAAGCUUCUGCAGGUGAACCCGGAUAAGCGCCUUGGCAGCGACCGGCGAUUGGGGGCCGAGGAGAUUAAACGGCACCGCUGGUUCAGCCGCAUCGAUUGGAAGGCGCUCGAGCUAAAACGGUUGCCAGCUCCCUUCCGCCCGCGCGUCCGGAACCCGCUUGACACGUCUAACUUUGACAACUUUGACAGUGUCGACAUCGAGCCGCCCCCUGUGCCCCCUGACCGGGCGGAAAAGCACAACCAGCAGUGGGAGCUUUGGGACUGGAUUGAGGACAGCCGAUGAGCACCGGGGGAUGACGGGGCGCGUGUUGAGUGCUUGUUUGCGGGCUGUAGGUAGGCUGGUGCUCCACUUGUGGAGAGGGUUAUUUAGACGGUAUUACGAGGCUAGGUUGCGUGUUGUCGUGGGGUGAGGGGCUGCCGGGGGUUAGUGUGCGAACAGUGCAUGCAGCUCCAUCUGGUUGAGAGUGAAUGGUCCUGGUGGAGGUAUGUUGCUUACGCGAAUAGAUACUUAUGGGUCUCGGGCAUUCAAACCAUGAUUGCGGAAUGUCGAUUGUUGCUUGCUUUCCUUGCUGCCGUCCUAGCAACGCAUCUGGUAUGUCAAGGAGUUUGGCUUUGCAUAAGAAUACGUAAUGCGCAGCAAUUGGCGUACAAUCCGGGUGGUGCGAAACUUCUUUUUGACGGUUGCCAAGGUCGGUACUGACACGUGGAAAGUGCCUUGCGAGCCUUAGAUUGGUGCGCUGUGCCUGCAACACGUAGGGGAGUAUCAUGAGGUGCGCGCGAGCCCUGAGGAGCGGUGUGUGUUCUGUUGGCGCUGCAUGGUGGAUGGCCGGCGGGGCCUUUGCGUCUUUUGCAGGGAGUGGCAAGGUGGGCCUAAAUCUGACUUGACUACCAACUUAGCAUUCGGCGCAGGGACUGCGCUGCCCACCCGGUCAUUAGGCGACGAUGGUGAGGUAGCGGGAGGAGGGGUAAUUUUACCGUUGGUCGACUUGGAACGGGGAUGGAUAUGUGUUGCUUAACGUGCGUUCCCGAGUGCGUAUACCUGGCAUGCAUGCGGCCAAGUCUUUCUUGCGACUUUGAGCAGGUGACUUCACCGUGAAUAGGACGCCCGAGGACGGGCCAUGCCUCGGCAAUGGCGUUGGCUGCCCAGCCUCGUCCAUUUAACUGCUCGGAUUGUGUGUGGGACGUGUAGGCAUACGGUGUGUAUGACGUGCUGUACAGGCUGGCUUCCAGCGUUUAACUGCUGUCCCGUGGGACCUCUUCUGUGGAGGCAUGAACCUUUACGACGGCGGAAAGCGAAAGCUGCUGUUGUGUUUUACUUUCUCGAGCGCGACGUAGUAAAGCUGUUGCAGUGCGGACGCUUAAAGCGUGCGUUAUAAUGCGCACGCAAUACUGGUUGCUGGAACAUACCAACGGCUUAGAUUCGUUUGUCUUUACUGUUUAUUGUGAACCUGUGGGUCCUUAUAUCCGCAGCGCUCUUCUGGCUGUUUAAGGUGGGUGCACCAGGCAAGCUGCCUGCAUCGCUGGAGCCUGCGUUUGACUGCAUUUGGGUAACUCGACAAAUCGUAUUGACCAACACCACCUUGUUAUCGUCUCGCAACGCACGACCUGCACCCCGGCGGCCAUCAGGAGGCACAUGGGCGCCCCUCCAUGGUAGUGACGGUUCUAUGUGCCAAGGCAACGCCACAGGCGCGGAGUAAGGAACCCAAGGCCAUGGGCAUGCGCAGUCAUCUCAGGCUAAUGCCGAAGCUUAAGAGCACGGUGUGAACAUUCGGGACGUUUAGCAAGUGCAAGGAUCGGCAAGCUGGCAGAAGGAGGUCAGCGUCCGUGUUGUUGCAUCACACCUGUCCUGCCAUGCAUCCACAGCCACAUUUGGUGGGAGGUCCAUGCCCACUUCAGGUAGCGGUGUUUAAUUGAGCCAAGAUAAGGGGUACGCCCUCUGGACAUUCGCUGGCAUUCACUUGGUUGGGAAUGGGUACAUGGGCAUGAUCAUCACCGGAAUGGGCGGCAUGGGGGAGGCAGCUUGCCACGGUUUCCCCGGUUCAGGAAUAGCUGCCUAUCGUGCGAUCGCCAUCCGGGAUGCCUACGCAAUCCGUUGCUUUGGCCUUGGCAGCAUACAGGUUCAGGGAGGAUAAAGGAAGAAGUGUCAUAUUACGG